ACGGGACUACCGACGAUGUCGUUUCUGGUAGAUUUGGCGGAAGAUGGUGGAUGUGGUGGAUGUGGGAUUGAUCCAAGACGGUUAUCGAAUCUACCGAAUCUGCAUGGAAGGAAUUUCGUCGCUGCUUGGGUUCACAUACGAGAGUUGAUGCUUGAUUACAAGAUGGAGUCUCGCGUCGCCGUGGACAUGGGGAUUGCGUUUAUCCAGCAUGCGCCGAAUCUCCAGAAGUUGUCCAUGUCGUUCGAUAUCGGGGGAGACGCUGCAUUGUUUCUGAGGCGGCUCAUGCAUAUGGAUAUUCUUCAACCACCAACACAAUUUGUCGCGUUGGCCAUUCUCUCCGUGUUGUUUCGUUUCGAUGGGUCCGUCUUACCUCUGAAUCUCGCGAUCGAUGGCAGGAGAUACUCGAGACACUACGAGAUUGAUGCCCGUAUUUGGAUACUGUUGAUUUGUCUUGGAGUCGGAUUACAUCGCGCGCACUCGCUAACUUCCCUUUGAUUGCUGAGAAUCCGGUUGUUGGUGUUGGGCUUGAGGCGAGGGAGUUCGAGUUCUGUGGACCGAGGGGGAUUGGGGCGGUGAAAUAUUCAGGGCCCAGGAUGGAUGUGGCUUUGCAGAGAUUGGUAGACUCAACGCAAUGUCCACCGGGAUCACUCCCGGGAUCAUUGCAUACAUGCUAUUUCCAACACACUGACCGUGUAUCCGUACCCGCCGGGGAUUCGGGAUACGAGCAUUGCAUCAUUGGCAACCCGACUGAGUCAGGGUCACUUGUCCUGCACAGUCCAGCCUCUGUACGACAGACAACUACAGAGUACUAUGCAGCCAGCAUCCACAGCCAAGCUUCUAUCUAUUGAAAAGCAAUCGGAGGAAUAAGGAACUGACAGUUUUCUGGAAGA